AUGAGACAAUUCUUGGCGAAAGCUUCUCACAACCUUGGCCUUGUCGGUCGCCCACCCAUCACGGCUAGGACACCAGCCAUCACGAUCGCUUCAGCACAAAUAUCUACCGCCUCAACGGCACCGAAAAGCGGAAACACUACACAAACUGAUCGGAACCAAGCUCAAGGUACUGAGGAUCACAAACGGUCUCAUACAAUCAAGAAGCACAAGUCUAUGGCCGAGCUAGACGAAGAGCUGCGCUUGAAACUUGAAGGCAUGUCAGGCGAGGGAGGUGCCGCUGGUGUUGAGUAUGAGAAUGGAAAGGCGGAAGGUUUAAAAAGGGGGGUCAAGUCGAAUAUGUUCCGGGUCAUCUGA